AUGCCAAAAACACACAAAGUCCCGACCUUCGCUCGAGCGUCACGAAACAGCGGCUUUGGAAUUGGGUACACCAGCCCGAUUAAAGCGAGAGAUGAUCGGAAGUCGCGCAUAAAAGUCAAGAACCUUGGCCACAACACGCUCGUGCGGGCUUUCCUUGCACAACUCGAGAAUCUGGAUGCCAACUCGGCAGCGCCUUCUUCCCCUGGGAGUUCCAGUCAACGACAUGACACCAAUGUCACUGUCCUGGAGGGCGACGAGGAAGUGCCCAUCGACGGCCACAGCGACGACUGGGUGGACGAAGACGACCAGAAGACAGGGCAACAUGUCGACGCGGAGUACCGACCAUACGAGCGCCCCAUUGCUGUGCCCGCUGGGCGCAGGACUCAACCGCUUGGAAUCAGAUGGGAAACCCAAAUGAAGAACCUGAAGGAGCCUCUACUUCAAUAUCUUUCGCGAACCAUGGGGAAAAGAUUAGUUCACCCCUCAAAGCUGGAGUCGAACUGCCGAGUGCCGGCUGGAAAUUGCGUACGGAAAGAGCAUACGGUAGUUCUUCUCAUGCAUGACUGUUUCGAGAAGACUGUAGUUCAUAGCUGCGAGUGCAGCGACAUAUGUUCAGUACUAGUUCUUAAUGGCUUUUUCCCAUCAUCACCUACGGCCCCGCGUCUCGCUGUGUCAAUAUCUCUCCUGGACUUCUACCGUGCACUUUUCGAGAGAUCCUGCGAUGCCGUGGGAGAGGUGGUUGAAGACGCCUGGAGGCGAUCCAUCGCAUCUGCCAUGAAAUGGUACGAGAAUAUUCAAGAUGAGAUACAACAAGCCGUAGACGACGCCCUGAGAGAGGCGGACGAGAAGAUCCAGGCCCAUAGGUGGGAGAAACAGCAGCAGACCUCCCAAAACUUGCAGGCAAUCCAUCAGCCUCGACUUUACGAAGAGCACGAAGGAACGCAGGAACGACAGGAGUGCGAUAGAGUAUUGCAGCAAGUAUGCCCUGCGUGUUUCGGGGGAAAGCCGGGUUCAUUUGGGAUGAGAUCGAGCAAAAGAAGGGGAGACUUCCACGUCGCCCUCGAUGGUAAUUUCAACCAUCGUCACAUCCGUCGUGAAGGGCAAAGCAACGAAAAAUUGUACCGACACCCCGAUUUGUACCUGACAGCGGAGUAUGUGAACGAAGUCGGCGAGCAUAUGAAGAAAGUACGCGAAGGACACCCUCGACCCCGAAUCGCCAGGGUACCCGACGAGGCGGUGGACGAAUGUGAAGACGGACACAUCGCAGGACAAGGGACCAAAGUGAAAACCAACACGCAAGUGUACGAUGAUACGGGUACGAUGGCCAUGGUCUGCAGACACGACUAUCCGCUCUUCCUCGCCAACAUCGACACUCCUGGCGAGCAGCAAAAGUAUGCUGUCGCUCUCAUCAAAAAGCUGUUCACCAUGAUCCCCCCCAACGCAACCGUGGUGGCAUUUUACGACGUUGGGUGUGUCCUUGACCGUUCCCUACAAUUGGUGAGUCUUGCGUACGGUAUCUGGCGUCAGUAUGAAAUUCUACCCGAGUCGAUCACCUCAAGAUUGGAAUUCUGCACAAGCGCGAUGCAUGCGUAUGCCCACCAGUGGGCGUGUCAACUCUACUACAAUCCGCGGUUCCAGGACGGUACAGGAAACACCAACGGGGAGGGCACAGAGAGGCUAUGGGCAAUUAUGCGAAAGCUCAUCGCGAUCGCGAGAAUGUCUUCUCGCUCGCGACGUCUCUGGUUGAUAAAUCAGCUGAUGAAAUCUCAUCGAAAGGGCACCCGACAGAAUCUGGGGAAGUGGGUCAAGACUCAGCGCACGGCUAUCGCAAAGCAGAUCCCCGAGCAGCAAUCCAUCCUUCAAAAAGUCGGCAUCCCAAUUACGGAGCUUCGGUCGGAGUGGGAGGACCAGCGAGAGAAGCAACUCUCCAUUAGAGGGCACCAACCCACACGGCUGAAGCAGCAACUAGAUGAAGUCCUUCGCAUCCAGGCCGACAUUGACCGUAUCGAUGCGCGGAUCGAGGCGAUGGCCGCAACUGUCCAGAAAGCCGACGAUGACGACGACCCAUACCGCAGCAUAUUACAUAACAUGAAAGGUUACAAGGCAGAACACCCUCCAGAAGAUGGGAGCAACACUAUGAAUCAUUGA